CAGUCACUCUUUAACAAUAAUCCCUUUUUCGAACUUCCGUCGAUCAAGAAGAGCAAGUCGCCAGUCUUCAGGAUGCACGCCGCACUCAUUGCCUCGCUCGCAGCGCUUGCUGUUGCAGCGCCAGCCAAGCGUCAAGCUGCCAUCCCUCCAGCAGGUGUCACGGAUGCCACCAUCCUCCAAUAUGCUCUGACCCUCGAGCACUUGGAGAACGCCUUCUACCGCGAGGCCAUCUCCAAGUUCACCCUGGCCGACUUCGAGGCCGCUGGACUCAAGGCAUCCUUCCUGGACAACCUGAAGCAGAUCAAGUUCGAUGAGCAGACUCACGUCGACUUCCUCACUGCUGGUCUGACUGCCGCUGGUGCCACUCCCGUUGCGGAGUGCACAUACAACUUCGGCCUCGCUGAUGUGCCCACGUUCCUGGCUAUUGCCAAUGUCCUCGAGGGCGUUGGUGUCAGUGCAUACCUGGGUGCUGCCAAGUUCGUCAAGAGCCCCGACUACCUCACUGCCGCAGGAUCGAUCCUGACGGUGGAGUCCCGUCACUCCGCCUACCUGCGCGAGAACCAGACCCCAGCUCUGUCUCCUUUCCCUUCGCCAUUCGACGUCGCCCUGGACUUCAACCAGGUCUUCUCGCUGGCUGCACCAUUCAUCACUGGCUGCCCAGCUGGCCCCACCAGCUCUCUCGAGGUCCUCAAGGGCUUCAUGGCGUUCCCAGCCAUCACCGUCUCCCCAGCCGGCACCAAGACUGCUGGUGAGGUCCUGACCCUCAAGGUCGCCACCAGCGUCGAUGCGAAGGCUGCGUACUUUGUCACUUCCGGUGGCUACACCAAGGCCGAGUUCUCUGUCUCUGGCGACAGCUACUCCGUCACUGUUCCAGCCAUCGGUGUCCCCAACCUCAUGCCAGGCACCGUCGCCCCCGGCCAGGCCUACCUCAUCCUCACCAAGGACGACCAACUCCCCACUGACGACAACACUGUUGCUGGCCCCGCUGCCUUUGAGAUUGCCGACAACGCAUUCGGACGUCCCGCUGACGAGAAGGACUGCACCACCAUCGUUGCCUACCCAUCCAAGUCUGCUGCUCCCACUUACAGCAAGCCUGCCGAGGCCAUGCCAACCAAGUCUGCUCCAGCGGCUCCAUACCCAUACCCUCACCCAUCUUCCGCUACUAUGCACCCUCAGCCAACUGCGCCAGUCUACAAGCCAAGCACCACCUACGAGGCGGCCCCAAAGCCAACUCACCCAGCCCCUAAGCCAGAGGCCCCCAAGCCAUACGAGUCGCACCCCGCCGCCCCAGUUUACGAGUCCACCAGCUGCACGGAGGAGUACCCCGAGCCCACCCCAACUGGUUACUAGACGACACGACAUGAUUGCCCCCCAAAAGAAAAGCUGAGGACAUGUGAUGUGUGAACGGAACUUUAUAUCUCGUAUUUUUUGGAAAAAGAAGAAAAGAAAAGAAAAAGUCCUCAACCACAGAUGUUUACCUUGCAUUAUCUAGCUUAAGGUAGCUUUAUGAUUUUGUAGCUGAGCUUUUAUUGUUAAUGGUUAAUGUCUCUUUGUACAGAUCAGAC